UAGAGCCAGAAUAUCAGAGCAAACAUACGAUUUUUCCAAAUGUAUAAAAAUGACGGGAGUAGUUGACGGAUUUAUAGCCUAAGAGCAGCAACCCAUAGAUUCCAAGCUUUAACUGAAAAAAGGAACAGAGAUGAAUUUGAGUGCUUUAUCCUCCAUCGUUUGUAUUUUUCUCUGGAGCGUGGAAACUAUAUAUUGCGAUGAGAUUGGAAAUGCGAAUGCUUACGUGGACAAAGUUCUAGAAAAUCUACGCAAAGAUCCUAAGUUAGUCAACUUAUUAGAAAGCUUAUCGGUGCCCGAUGUUGUACAGUCUGAUUUUCAGCUUCGCAAUGCUAAAGUGAAGGGACUUUCGCAAGCUUACCGCCAUGGCGAUUGCUCGCUUUCCUACAGUGAUGAUGGAGGAUUAGAAGCUAUAGUUGAGCUAGGAGUCAACUCUUUGAGAAUCAAUGGCAAUUACAGAGCCUGGGCUUCUUUCUUCUGGGCAAGUGGAGAUAUCCAAAUUGCCAUUGCUCAUUUGGCGGUCAAAGUGGAUCUGACAAGCAAGGAUGGCAACGCCCGUGUUCAGUAUCUGAAGGUUGUUGACUUCGGAGCUACCAGCGUACCAUACAUCAAUGGAUUGAGCUUUUUUCUCAACUGGGCUUUGAAGCUCAUCGCGAACAACAUGAUCCAGAACUCAAGAGGGAUGAUACAGAACGCACUGGAACACGACGCAGUUGACGAAAUCAACAAUAUGUUAAAACAGUAUAAGUUCCCUAUCUAUUAUUCCGUCUCAGGGAUGGACGAGAAGAACUUUUACCACAUUCAGAAAAAAUAAAUU